CGUCACAUUUUGCAACACCUCAGGUCUGUCGUUUCAUUAAGAGAAGAUGGAGAAUGGCACAGAGGGCAAGAACUUCUACAUCCCCAUGAACAACCGGACGGGGCUUGUGAGGUCUCCUUAUGAUUAUCCACAGUUCUACCUGGGGGAGCCAAUUUUAUUCAAACUUCUUGCUGUCUACAUGUUCUUCCUGAUCUGCACUGGCUUACCCAUCAACGGUCUCACUCUGUUGGUCACAGCUCAGAACAAGAAGCUACGACAGCCUCUCAACUUCAUCCUCGUCAACCUGGCUGUGGCCGGCCUCAUCAUGGUCUGCUUUGGCUUCACCAUCACGUUCAUAACGUCAAUUUAUGGCUAUUUUGUCUUUGGACCAAUGGGUUGCGCCAUUGAGGGAUUCAUGGCCACGCUGGGAGGUCAAGUUGCUCUCUGGUCUCUGGUCGUCCUGGCUGUGGAGAGAUACAUUGUCGUCUGCAAACCAAUGGGAAGCUUCAAGUUCACUGGAACUCAUGCAGGAGUGGGCGUUGGUUUCACCUGGAUCAUGGCUCUCUCUUGUGCCGUCCCUCCACUGGUUGGCUGGUCCAGGUAUAUUCCUGAGGGUCUCCAGUGCUCUUGUGGACCAGACUACUACACUUUGGCCCCAGGCUUCAACAACGAGUCAUAUGUCAUGUACAUGUUCGUCUGCCACUUCUGCCUCCCAGUUGGAACCAUCUUUUUUACAUAUGGGAGCCUUGUGCUGACAGUCAAAGCUGCUGCAGCUCAGCAGCAAGACUCAGCCUCCACGCAGAAAGCCGAGAAGGAAGUGACACGCAUGUGUUUCCUGAUGGUGAUAGGCUUCCUUGUGGCCUGGACUCCAUACGCAAGCUUUGCGGCAUGGAUUUUCUUCAACAAGGGUGCUGCCUUCUCAGCCACAGCCAUGGCCAUCCCUGCCUUCUUCUCAAAGAGCUCAGCUAUAUUCAAUCCUGUUAUCUAUGUGCUGAUGAACAAACAGUUUCGUAGCUGCAUGCUCUCUGCAGUUGGCAUGGGCAAUUUGGUUGAAGAUGAGACCUCAGUAUCAACCAGCAAGACAGAAGUGUCCUCAGUCUCCUAAGAAUAAAAACUUGACUUCUCUGAACACCCGCUUUCCUUGUGUCCUCCAUUCUGAACAACUCACAUGGAAAGGAUAUGGAUACAAACAAACAAUCAACAAAUGGAGAUUAAUCUCAGGUCACAGAUCCAUGGCAGAAUUUAUCUGUGCAUACUCUUUUUUUUUUUUUAGUGUUUUUGUGUGUGUGUGUGUGUGUGCACAUGUGUGUGUGUGUGUGUGUUUGUGUACUUGUGAACCAGUACAACAGGGGACCUCGGUGUCGUUACACACUCACAGAGGGGACGCCACGUUGAACAGGGGACAUUUUUCAAGUCCCGUUAGUCAUGGUAAAAGACCUUUAAAGUAAUUUUCCAUGCUAUUGUUUUUAUUUAAAAAUGACAAGAAACCCAAGUCCCCUGUUAGUCAGUGAAGAAUGACAGUCCAAUAUUAGCCUGGUUAACAUGUAUGUUUGUCUGUGUGUGUGGGUGGGUGGUUCAAUCGGGACUCAACAUCUGAACAAAACCCAAUAGAAUGUACAGUAUCACAAAUCUUGACAGAUGAAUGUAAAGCAUCUUUGUCUGGAUGAGUGAGCAGGUAAAUCACCUUUGUAUGAUUAUGAUGUGACAUUUGUUUGUCUGCGUCAUUUCAUUUUGUAUAUAUUUAUAAUUGAAAAUAGUGUAGAAAUUA